AUGGAUGAACUGGUACAUGACUUGGCCUCAGCCUUGGAACAGACAUCUGAGCAGAAUAAGCUGGGUGAGCUGUGGGAGGAGAUGGCCUUGAGCCCCCGGCAGCAGAGGCGGCAGCUUCGCAAGCGGAGAGGCCGGAAGCGCCGCUCAGACUUCACUCACCUGGCUGAGCACACCUGCUGCUAUAGUGAGGCAUCGGAGUCCAGUCUGGAUGAGGCCAUUAAGGACUGUCGAGAAGUGGCUACUGUCACCAAUUUUAGUGACUCCGAUGACACCAUGGUAGCCAAACGACACCCAGCUCUCAACACUGUUGUUAAGACUAAGCAACAUUCCUGGCAUGAAUCCGACUCCUUUACUGAAAAUGCACCCUGUCGACCACUCAGGCGCCGGCGGAAGGUGAAGCGAGUGACCUCCGAGGUUGCUGCCAGCCUUCAGCAGAAGCUCAAGGUGUCGGAUUGGAGCUAUGAGAGGGGCUGCAGGUUCAAGUCAGCUAAGAAGCAGCGUCUGUCACGCUGGAAGGAGAAUACUCCCUGGACCUCCUCAGGCCACGGGCUCUGCGAGGCAGCAGAAAACAGGACUUUCCUAAGCAAAACAGGAAGGAAAGAAAGGAUGGAGUGUGAAGCGGAUGAACAAAAACAGGGCUCUGAUGAGAACAUGUCAGAAUGUGAAACCAGUAGCGUGUGCAGCAGCAGUGACCCCGGGCUCUUCACCAAUGAUGAAGGCCGGCAAGGGGAUGAUGAACAGAGUGAUUGGUUCUAUGAAGGAGAAUGUGUCCCAGGAUUCACUGUCCCUAAUCUGCUGCCCAAGUGGGCACCUGAGCGUUGCUCUGAAGUAGAAAGGAUGGACUCUGGACUGGAUAAACUUUCUGAUUCCACGUUCCUUUUACCUUCUCGACCAGCUCAAAGAGGGUACCAUGCGCGCUUCAAUCGUCUGCCUGGAGCUGCAGCCCGCUGCCUCAGGAAGGGGCGAAGAAGGCUUUGUGGGAAGGAGACAAGCCUAAGUACUUUGGGUACUGAGAGGAUAGGCCACAUCAUUAGUGACCCUCGGCAGAAAGAUUUCUGGUUGCCAUCAGCGGGGAAGAGAGAACGGAAUCAGUUUAAUCCCCUCUCUCCCCUUUAUUCGCUGGAUGUUCUUGCUGAUGCUUCUCACCGAAGAUGUUCACCAGCACACUGCUCUGCCAGACAGGCAAACAUACACUUGGGACCACCGUGCUCACGUGACAUUAAGAGGAAGCGGAAACCUGUGGCCACAGCAUCUCUGUCUAGCCUCAGUACAGGUCACACCGAUACAGUGGAGCCAGCCACACCAGCAUCUCAAGUCCAGAAGGCUCCAGACUCCGAGUGGUUGAUGAAGGCCGCUGACCCAGCUACUGCUGCGUUUUUUAAAAUGCCACAAGAAAAGAGUCCUGGAUAUGCCUAG